AUGGAUCGGAGUACAGAUUUAAAAUCCAUAAUUCACUCUUUUAAGUACGAUGACGGCAAAAAAGUGGCAAAAAGGACAGAUAAGGUGAGCAAGAGAACGAAAGCUGCCCGAGAAUCAAGCAUCCAACAGGAAUACCAAGAUCUUCAGCCUUCAUUAGACGACCGCUUGAAAGUUUUGUUCAUCGGUUUUAAUCCCGGGCUUCAAUCAUCAAUCCAACAGCACCAUUAUGCUCAUUUUACCAACUUAUUUUGGAAAUUAUUCAAUGAAUCAAAGCUACUAAUAAAUGUGUUGCAAUCACUAAAUAUUUCCGUAGGUGAUGCCAUUAAAGAAGAUCCGUUGUUAAAAGAAUUAAUUCAGGUCGAUUCAGACGAUAAAUAUAAAACAUUCGUCAAGCCGGUGAAUGAUUUUGAAAUAGUCAAGUAUAAAAUUGGGUUUACAGAUCUUGUAUUGAGAUGUACCAAGACAGCACAAGAAUUAAACCUCAGCGAAAAGCUAGAAAAUGUUCCCAGACUAUUUAACGAAUUCAAGCAAAGUGGAAGUACAUUCAUAGUAUUCGUUGGUAAAGGGAUUUGGGAGAUCAUAGUUAAGUAUAUCACUAAUCUAUUGAAAAUAAAGGUUAAAUUGACUAAAGGUAAUUUUCAAUGGGGAAAGCAGAUUCUUGGCGAAGACGAACACUAUAAUAUGAUAUUGGAGAAGUUAAAUGAGAUUUUGGGGUGUAAGCAUAAUAUAUAUGUUUUUCCUAAUACCUCUGGGUUGGUGACCAGUUUGAAAUAUGAUGAAAAAUUACACUUGUGGAACGAUUUGAGCCAUGAGAUAUUAAAUUACUAG